AUGAGAGCUUCGAACAUUUGUAGAAAAACUUGCAAUGUUAGUGAUGGAUAUGCGGAGGGCAGGGAACCUUCGGGGUGGACAGCUGUUCCUCCAGCUGGUAACUGCCUCAUUCUCCAGGAGGUGACCUCUUGCCCUCCACAGGGGCGACCACCCGCCCCCAGGGGCGACCACCUGCCCCCCAGGGGCGACCACCCGCCCCCAGGGGCGACUACCCGCCCCCAGGGGCGACUACCCGCCCCCAGGGGCGACUACCCGCCCCCAGGGGCGACCACCCGCCCCCAGGGGCGACCACCCGCCCCCAGGGGCGACCACCCGCCCCCAGGGGCGACCACCCGCCCCCAGGGGCGACCACCCGCCCCCAGGGGCGACCAACCGCCCCCAGGGGCGACCACCCGCCCCCAGGGGCGACCACCCGCCCCCAGGGGCGACCACCCGCCCCCAGGGGCGACCACCCGCCCCCAGGGGCGACCACCCGCCCUCAGGGGCGACCACCCGCCCCAUGGGGACUAG